AUUCAUUCUAAAUUAUCUCUUUUUCCAUUUUGUGUAAUUUCAUAUUAUUUGCCAAAAAGAUGGGAGGGAAAAAAACAAAAAGGAAGACAAAAGAUAGAUAUUAAAAAGGUAACGAAAAACGAAGACAGAAUGGUCACGUUUUCAAAGCGUAAAAACGGAAUUUACACUAAGCUCAGUGAACUCUCCAUUCUCUGCGGCGCCGACGUCGGAUUUCUCAUCUACUCCGGCUCAGGAAAACCGUUCACGUUUGGCAGCCCUUCCUUCGAUGACGUUGCACAGCGGUUUCUCCACGGAAACCAUCACUCAGGGAUCAUCAACGGCGAGGGCUACUCGUCGUCGUCGUUGAUCGUGGAUGCUCAUAAGAAAGUGAAGAUGGACGAGUUCUGCAAAAACCUCAACAAUCUGAUGGAGAUCAAAACAGAUGCGGAAGAAGAGAAACUGAAGAUGGCUGAGGCUGCCUAUGCACCGACGUUGCCGGUGAAUAGUGACGCGUCGUGGAAGGUUGAUUCAAAGGACGACGAAGAGGAGAAACAGUUGUUGCGGAGGUAUGAGGAGUAUUACGAGGAACUGUGUGAGGUUGCUGCUGCAAAAAUCCGUGGAAGAUAUGAUGCCUCAGCGUCGUCGUCGUUUCCUCAACAUGGCUAGUGGUCGGGUUGAGAUUUUAAAUUUAGGUUUUUAACAAAAUAAUAGAGAUAAUUUGUUUAGCAAAUAGACAUGUUUCCUACUGGGCGACUAUUGUUUUGUUUUUUUUCCUGAAUUUUUGAACCUCAAAUCUUGUUUAAUGCAGACAUAUGUUAUGCUAAUUAUUACUAGUAUUUUAUGCUUGUAGUGAUCUGUUUGAACAUUAUGGUUAUUUCAAUAAUGAUCAUCGAAAAAAACAAUUCAUCAUAAUCACACAAAAUUAGCGAGCGACUUUGAAUUCCUCAAAAAGUAUGAAACUUUGAGACCUUACAAGGGCUUUUACAUGAACAAGUAUAUGAGGCCUUGUAGGUGGUCUUGAGCUUUCUGGUGGGAGUCUGACCUUCCUUAAUACCAAAGGGAACUUGAUCUUGCUGUUGUGAAACUGCUUCUUGCUCUCUCUCUUGCACAAACUGGCUGGGACAGUGAUUGUCUUGAUGAUCUGGAUGCAAGAGAACCUGACUCUUUAUUGAAGCCAUCUCGGUAUACAUUUGCUCCAUUGCUCCGUUCAAAUUUGUGUCACGGAAGUCCUUGUACACGUUGUGGUAACCGGUAGGUUAUGUCUUGUAAAGAAUAAUCCGUUAAAAAAAGCCUUUUUUUCUGGUAGCUUAAUGAUUUUUUCAUUUCAAUAGACUUUAUUUUCCCAUAAUCUCGCUUGAAUAUUUGUUUUUAAAUUUACAAAUUCCUUUUAAAUUUUCUUUAGCUUACAAAUGACAAAAAAAUGCUUUGAAACACAUCCAACUUCAUUGGAACUUGUAUAGUACAUAGGCUUGUAAAGAUUAUCAAAGCUUAUCACAAAAAUAUACUACAGGAAGAUGCCAUCAAAGGAAUCAAGAACAUAUUGAUCAUUGUUGUAAACAAAUAAAUACAACACAGAAUAACAACAUUUGCUUUUGUAAAUCACUAUGGUUAUGAUGAUGCAUAUACGUUAUUGAAAUGUGAUAUGUAAGGGAGUAUCUGUCACCAGAUGAUGUUAAUAUUCCCAGCCAUCCCGAGCAUGACGGCAAUCAAAUA